AUCUCUCAAUACUUUUGCCACCAUUUCGUGGUUUUGUGUAUUAUUUACCAUUCCCCGGGACACGGGAGCGUCUCAAAAUAGCACUUUAUGUGUGCGUGCCGUGGCAUACGUAAAAACCCGUCUUUCUCCAUGACACGUCAUGAGAAAUUUCCUCAAGAAAAUACCCACAAAUUCCUCAAUCACUACCCAUCGGCAGACGGAGAAGCAUCUCGCUCAAUGUUUCAGCGCCUCCGUCACGCUCUUCUAGCCACUCUUGCCCGGCAAAUCGGAGGAAGACGUGAUGGAUUUGGCGAGAAGUCGCGAUCCCGAGAUUGCGUAAAUGGCAAAAAGACAGUCAAUUCUUAUCUUGUGUCUGUUGCCACGUGUAUCGGACAUUCACCAGACUUGCGAGUCAUUUGAAACCGCUCAGCAGAUCGUCUCAUCUCAGCUCAUCCCGUUCACAUGCCAGGCUCGUGAUAGUCCGCGAAUCGUGAUCCUUGAGGUUUUUCGAGUGCCUGCAAAUGCUCCUUUUUUGUCUCUUCCGAACGACACUCGAGAGAUUAUGAGUAUUAUUUUUAGUUUAUGUUCACUCUUGGUAAUUCAAGCAUGUAAAAAUAAUCUCGCGCGAGGUGAAGAACCUUGAGUGAAUCCUUCCAUGUAUUCCAGGAAUCACACCGGUAAUGCAACUCUCGGUUUCUCAAGUAGGACUGCCCUUGACUUCAGGCUUUGAUACAAAAAAAAAACCAUUUGAAAGUCUCGAAGCUAAGCCCCCAUCUUUGGGCAGCAGCUUCCAUUUGAUUAGAAAGCCGAAGACUCCCUGAACUUUCCUCAGUAAUUGAUAUUUUGAAGUCACUUAUUUGAACUUUGUCGUUCUUUGACCUGUCCAUAUGUUGCAAAACAAGCGAAAAUACGUGCUCAAUUUAUCUCAAUCUUUAACCCUCAGGAGUGCAAUCAAUAUGUUAGUGAGAAAACAGGGUUAUUUUUAACAUUUUCACUCUACUUAGUCUUUUAAUGAAUUUACCCACGCAAGAGCUACUAGAUAUCAAUAAGGAUAUUUAGAUUUAGAACUCAUGAGGAGAUGGUUAAUCCUUUCAGGUCGACAAGACAGACGGUUUGAGUAUUUUUAUUACAAGAAAAAAAGCACACAACGUUUACUCUUUAGAUGAACGUUAUACAUUUAAUUCCAUUUUUCCAAAAAGAUUUAAGUAGAUUUUUUAUUCAUUAUGAAACAGUAUUUUCCUAAAAUAUUUUGUUUAAUGUUCCUCACUGGAAAUCUUUUGGAUUACUAAGAAAUGUGUGCAAUGUUAAUGUAAUAGAAAAUAAUGCACUUUUGGGAAGAUUAUAAUAAUGAUAAUUCCAUAAUGCUUCGAAAUCUUAUCUCGCAACUUUACCCCAAUUAAUUUAUCUUAUCCUGGCAUCUGCUGAUUAUUCUGAAAGAAACUAAACUCGAUGGGAGAAAAAGCAGGUCAGAGAAAAUCCAGAGAGUGAGAAAGGGAACAAAAACCAGGAACUGAUUGUCAUUCUGAAGAGAGAUAGAGAGUGGGGUGACUAGAAUAUCCUAAGUACAAUUGAGUACUAAUUGUAAUUUAAUGUAUUCUGUCGAAUUAGUGGCACAUCCAUCGUGCGAAUUGGCAUGUGCCUUAUAAAAUACAUGUCUUCUUGACGGUGGAAUCACAGUUGAAAGAGUGCAUUUGCAGUGAAAAGGUGGUUUUGUCUUGUGUGCUGAACUUUUGGUGGAUUUCAUUGAUUCGAUCCUGUGGAAAAGAAAGGAGCGUGAAAGGCAAAGAGAAAUAUGGAUAUUGUGGAUCAAAUGACAACAAUGCCCACGCCGAAGUCUAUCUUCGACUUCAGAGAGGCGGAUGCCAAUGGGAAUGAAAUAUCGCUGGAGGUGUACAAGGGGAAAGUGUGUCUGAUUGUGAAUAUAUCGUCAAAUGAUGCUGCCACAUUGGGUAAAUUCAAACAAUUGGAUACACUCAAUCGAAAGUAUGAGGAUCACGAUUUUGCCAUUCUCCUUUUCCCGUGCUCGCAAUUUGGCCCAAGGAAUUCCAUGAGAGAAAUCAUGAAUAUGAUCGACAAAGAGCACCUUCGAGUUGGUGAUCUAUUUCAAGAGAUUGAUGUCAAUGGCGCGAAGGCGGCCCUUCUCUACAAGUUCCUAAAGGCUGAACGACCUGGAAAUAUGGGUGGAUUCAUAAAUUGCAAUUUCACCAUAUUUGUCAUUGAUCGCAAUGGUUAUCCUGUGGAGCGUCUCACGCCGAAUGUUCAUCCCUAUGUUCUGGAAGAUACAAUUGAGAAAUAUUUCUAAGAUUGUGUGAAAACAUACUUCUAAUCAUAUCAUGUGUCUAUGUAACAGGAUUAGUUUUCUUUUCUGGUGGGCAUUUUGUUUUGCAAAUCAAGUAACUUAUUAGUAAUGCAGCGAAGGAGUUAAGUUCACUGCCCUCUUAUUCUUUUUAUUGUAUAAUUGUCAUUCUGUAGCUGUGGUUUUUCAUCAAGAGACAAAAAAAUGAGUUAAAGAAAAUGCAAAACAGUGACAUUUUCAUUUCAUUAUUCGCAUAUUCGUUGCCCUACUUGUUGAGUUUGCUACGUUUGCUAGGCAAAAAAUAUUAUCAGAGAAUUUCGUAUGAUAAGAUGAGGGAAUUUUUGGGAGAGAAAAUUGUCGAUGCAUUCUACGCCACAUGCUAUUGA